AAGCAAAUAAAGCACAUGGAAGAUGUGGUCCUGGUGUUGCAUCUCCUUGCAGCCACACAAGUGGCCCAUUCGUGGUGCCUGCUCCUCCUCUCUUCUUUCUCCCCGUGGUGCUCCUCUCCUCUUGCAGGCCAGGCCUUCCUUCUCCUACUCUGCUGCUGCUGCUCUCCUCCAUGCCAGGAGAAAGGGGGUCCUGAUUUGCCUGCUCCAUUUCUAGCAAGGCAUAGCCACGUCGGCCUAGUCGAUCCUUCUGAUCUUGGGAGAUCUACGCGCCAUCCUAAGCUUGUGAUCCGGUUCAUAUAUAUGAUGAAUGUUCAGGAUCUCUCUCUCGGUCUCUCUCUGAGCUUGAGAGGGAGAUCGUUCGUCAGCAGCAAGGGCGCCAAGGUUCAGUGCCUACUUUCUUCUUCUUCUUCUGGUUGUUGUUCAGCAGCUGCUAGAUGCAGCAUCCACCGGCGGCACACAAUAAGGAGGAGGUUGGCAGCGAUCACCACCAGAGCGGCCGGCGACGACAGAUCAGGUGGUGGUGAAUCUGAAUCCUCUAGCAGCAGCGGCGAUGACGAAGAAGCAGAAGAUGAGACAAGGCCAAGCAGCUUGUCCCGAGAGGAUCUGGAACGCCUGGUCGGGCCUGACGAUGAUGACAAGUUCAACGGGUUGGAUCUUGCAAACCUCAUCAGGAAGAAGUACGGCAGAUCCUACGAUGUGACGCUGAUAAAGAAGGAGUUCAUGGGACGGAAUCUUCUUGCGCUGAAUGUGAUGUGGAAGUACCGGGAGCAGCGGUCGUUCCCGCUGAGCGAGGAGGAGUACCUGCUGCGGCUGGACGAGGUGGCCAACACGCUGCGUUGCUGGGGAGCCGUGGCGCAUGUCCGCAACACGCUGGAGAAGCUCAAGGAGAGGCCACGCAUCGGCAAGGCUGUCAGCAUCUUCAUCGACAUGGACCAGACGGGAGGACGAGCAAACGAGUGGAUAUACAAGUAGAGGAUCGGAGGGUGUCCAGUACUUGAUGAUCUAUCUACCUAUCUAAUAGUUGCUUUGCUUUGCCUGCCUCCGAUUGAGGUAUAAAAUAGAAGGGUGUUCUUUCACAUUAUUGUCUCGAUUAUAUUGCAUGCAUUUUUUAGAUUAAGGAAAGAGUUCCGGCCUUAA